ACCCAUAAAUCCGGAAACAAAAUAUUAACUAAUUUUCAUAACUAUCUCAACAGAAAGAUUUUCUUUUUUUUUCCUUAAACAGGAAAGGAAUAAAGAGGGAGAGAAAGAAAAAGGAAAACAAGAAAAGCCCUAGAUGCCAAAUCUGAGCAGUCCAGCCGCCGCCAUGGCCACCGAAUCCAAGCUCACCCGUGAUCAAAACGUCUUGCUCGCCAAAGUAGCUGAGCAAUCGGAGCGCUACGAAGAGAUGUCCUCCUUCAUGGAGGACGUUGUCGUCUCCCGCGACGUCACCGCCGAGAUCACAACCGACGAGCGGAACCUCGUCUCCGUCGCCUUCAAGAACCUUGUCGCAUCUCGCCGCGCCUCGUGGCGCAUCGUCAACUUGAUCGAGACGAAGGAGGAGGAGAGGAAGAACGAGAAGAACAUCAACCGCGUCAAGAACUACAAGGGGAAGAUCGAGGCCGAGCUCGACGAGAUCUGUAACAGGAUCCUCGGUUUGCUCGACAGUCACCUGAUUCCGGCGGCGGAAUCAGCGGAGGCGAAGGUCUUUUAUUGGAAGAUGAAGGGAGAUUACUAUCGGUAUCUUGCUGAGUUCAAGAUUGGGGAUGAGAAGAGAUCGAAGGCCGAGAAGACGCUGGAGGCUUAUGUGCAGGCCCAGGAGAUUGCUUUUGCUAAUCUUUCAUCAACACAUCCAGUAAGGCUUGGGCUUGCACUCAAUUACUCUGUUUUCUACUUUGAGAUCCUGAAUCAACCAGAGAUGGCUUGUAGCGUGGCGAAACAGGCAUUUGAGGACGCUAUUGCAGAUCUGGAUAGUCUCCCUGAAGAGUCCUAUAGGGAUAGUACUGUGAUAAUGCAACUAAUGCGAGACAAUCUUACUAUUUGGACUGCUGAUAUCCGGGAGCAUGCUGACAUUGACAAAGAGUAGAUGCGUAUCAGCUUGAUUUAUAUUGCCCCCUUGGUCGAUGUGGCUUGAUUCUUUUUCUAUGUCUGGAAAUUUUAGGUAUAUACACAAUAUAGGCUUUUUCCAUCUUCUUAUCGAUUGUGGCACAUCAGAUAUUUUGAGGGUAUAACCUGAGAUUUUGUAAAGGCACAGUUUCUUAGUAGUUGCUCCUAGUUCUCUAGUGCUCGUUUUUCUUUUUCUCUAGGUACUUGCUAUAUUGUUCAGUGACCAGUGAAUCAAAAUGUUGCAUAAAUUUGAAUUUA